GGUGCAACCGUGGCUCCCCGGAUGCCUGGGCUUCCAGCCCUGCAAGCGCGCCCCAACCUCGGGAACAGGGACCCCGGCGCCCUUGGUUGACCUUUAAAAAAAGCAAAAAUGUAUCCAGUAAAGGGCUUUCAUGAAGAAAUUAAGGACAGAAAUUACAAGCAAUAGAGAAACCAGGCAUUUGUGUCCUAAGAAACCAUCUAAAACAACUGUGUGGAGUAAGACAAAAGGAAUGAAGACACCUGGAAGAAAUUUUACUUAGUGUGAUAUUUUUACCCACCUUUUCGUCAUAAAGUCUGCUAAGGAAGAGAGAAUAUAGUUUUCUAGAGGAUAUAAGUGUGUAGCAUGAAAAUGGAGACCACAGUUUCUGAAAUUCAAGUAGAAAACAAGGAUGAGAAAAGAUCAACAGAAGGUAUUCCUCAUGAUGAAAGACAGGAGGAAAAAGCUUCCAUGCUUUGCUUCAAGAGAAGAAAGAAGGCAGCCAAAGUGCUGAAGCCCAAAGCUAGCUCUGAAGCUGCUGAUGUGACAAGGAAGUGUUCCCCAGAAGCAGGAGCUUCUGAUCAGCCACAACCCCCAGGGGGGGCCUGGGCCUCAAUCAAACGUCUUGUAACACGCAGGAAAAGGUCAGAUUCUUUAAAGCGGCAAAAGCCAUUUGAGGCUGAAGUGCAACCUGAAAUAAAUGCUGAGGAUGCUGAUCUUUCUCAGCAAAAGACAAAAUCCAGACUUAAGAUUCCCUGCAUAAAAUUCUCAAGAGGGGCAAAAAGGAGUAAUCAUUCCAAAAUUAUAGAAGAUUCAGACUGCAGCAUCAAAGCCCAGGGAAAGCCUAAAUGUUUGGAUGUACAAACUCAGACCCAAUUUAAUGAUCAGGUAACAAAGGAUCCAAGUGAAGGCAUCUCACAGAAAGAUGGCGAUGAAGUCUAUGAAUCAAAUGUGAGCAACAGCCUAAUUUCUGGAGAGAAAGUGAUUUCAGUAGAACUUGGAUUAGAUAAUGGGCAUUCUACUAUUCAAACAGGAACUCUAAUCAUUGAAAAAGAAAUUGAAAUGAUCGAGGAAAAACAAGAUGUUCAACCCCAGCAAGCAAGCCCACUUGAAACUUCAGAAACAGAUCAUCAGCAACCAGUGGUUUCAGAUGUUCCUUUUUCACCUGCAAUCCCAGAUCAACAAAUUCUGGAAGAAGCCAGUAACAAUAUCCUAGAAAGUGGACCAAAUUGGAAGGACUAUGAAAGUAGAGAGAUUGUAGCUGAAGAAAAUAAGCCAAAAGAUACUGAACUGAGCCAAGAAUCAGAUUUUAAAGAAAAUGGGAUCAAUGCAGAGAAACCCAAAUCAGAAGAAAGCAAAAAAAUGGAGCCAAUUGCUAUUAUUAUUACAGACACUGAAAUCAGUGAAUUUGAUGUUAAGAAAUCUAAAAAUGUCCCUAAGCAAUUCUUAAUUUCAAUUGAAAAUGAGCAAGUAGGGGUUUUUGCUAAUGAUAGUGGUUUUGAGGGUAGAACUUCAGAGCAAUAUGAAACACUCUUAAUAGAAACAGCCUCUUCUCUCGUCAAGAAUGCAAUCCAGUUGUCUAUAGAACAGCUGGUUAAUGAAAUGGCCUCUGAUGAUAAUAAAAUAAACAAUCUUCUACAGUGA